GGCCGCUGAGGCCGCGCUUACGGUGCCUCUCAAUAUACGCGUCGAAUCGCCCCAAGAAGGUUGCUCAUAAAACAUUAAUAACAAGCAAUUUUUAAAAAAACAGCCACAAAGCUUCUGUAGAUCACGAGGGAGAUCCAAUUUUGUCUGAACUUCCUGUUUGAGAUCGACAGACAGCGUGAGCCUCCGGUUUCGUUCUCCUCGGUCGCUAGCUGUAUCCUGCAUUGCUUGGAUCCGAUUCCAUUCGGUGCUGUUCCGGCAAUUCGGUGGUUGGAAACGGGACUCUUUGAAUUUCAAAAGCUUCUGAAUGCAUAUGCUUCUCAAUGAGGUUGUUCGGAUGCCAUGAAUCUACAUUUCUAUCGAACCAAAAGUCUCAAAUCGUGUUUGCUGGCGUAUUCAUUUCCCCCUGAAGAUCUUCCUCUUUUGCUUGUAUCUGAAAUAGUGGGGUAGAACUGUGAAGCAUCGUAUUCAAAUACAAAUUUCCAAAGCUUUUGCGAAGACCUCUGGAUUUGUCAUCUGAAGUUUAAAGGUUGCGGAUAUCAUUGCUUUCAAGUAGAGACGAUGGAUCCAUUAUCAGCACUUAGCGAGGGACUGGCGGAGAUCGACGGACAGAUCAGCGACAUUUUCCGCGCUUUAUCAAAUGGAUUUCAGAAAUUGGAGAAGAUUAAGGAUUCAAAUAGGCAGAGCAGGCAGCUGGAAGAGUUGACUGAUAAAAUGCGAGACUGCAAGCGGCUUAUAAAAGAGUUUGAUGCAGAAGUUAAGGCUCUGGAGGGCAGAAAUGAUAGGGAAACCAACAAAAUGCUGAAUGAGAAAAAGCAGUCCAUGAUCAAAGAGUUAAAUUCAUAUGUUGCUCUUAAAAAGCAAUAUGCCACAGAUAUUGAAAAUAAGCGAAUUCAGCUCUUCGAGGGGCCUAAUGAAGGCUAUGCAGAAGAAAAUGUCUUGCUAGCUUCCUCAAUGACAAAUGAACAGCUGAUUGAUAGGGGGAAUCGGAUGAUGGACGAGACAGAUCAAGCCAUUGAGAGGGGAAAGAAGGUUGUUGAAGAGACAAUAAAUGUCGGGGUUGAGACUAAUGCAGCUCUUAAGGCUCAGACGGAACAAAUGAGCAGAAUCGUCAAUGAGCUGGAUUCUAUCCAUUUCUCCAUAAAGAGAGCAACUAAAUUGGUGAAGGAAAUCGGUAGGCAGGUUGCUACUGACAAGUGUAUUAUGGCAUUACUGGUUCUUAUUGUGAUUGGAGUAAUAGCUAUCAUUAUUGUAAAGAUCGUGCACCCAAACAACAAGGACAUUCGGGAUAUUCCAGGAUUAGCACCCCCAGCCCAGACCCGGAAGUUACUUUGGGAUCAUAGUUGAGCUACGAUUUAGUGUGUGAGCUAUGAGCUCAUCCGAUUAGUUUGCCUGUUCUUUGCUUUGACGGUGAUGAGGUUGGCUGCAGCUGUUUUUACAUGACAGAGCUUGCUCAGUUGCUUUUGCAUUGGACGUGUUGUUUCGUAAUUUUCUAUAGAGAUUGGCUGACCUGAGAAUGAUGGACCAGGCUCUCCUUUAGUGUGGUUACAGGGUUUCAUGAUUAAUUAUUCAUUGAAUGGGGAAAAUUUUCUAUGGAGCUACCGGGUCACAGGAAUAGCCAAAAUGAGCUGACGUGAUUGAUUCUUAGAUGUAUUUUUAUGCAUUGCUGUCGGUUUUCUAUGACAAGCUAGCAGUGUCAUUUCCAUUGAGGGAAUUUGUUCAAUUAUUUUUUA